AUGUCUUUCCGCAUAUCUAUUGGGGAUAUUCAUAUGAUUUCGGGCUUGGCCUACAGAAUCGGGAAGACGCUCACGACAGGUCGUAAGUCGGCCCCAGGAGAGUUCAGUGAGGUCCAAAACCAGCUGUUCGCAAUUAGCAAUGCGCUGAAGCUCCUUUCGGCGACAUUGCAGCAAGAAGGUGUCCCAAAUACGGAAGGGGCUGUAGGACCAGAGGAAGAUGAAAUUUUGAGUCGGAUGAUAGAGAAUUGUCAGACGACACUGCAGCAUUUGGAUGGAGUGCUCAAAAGUUAUCCUGAGCUUCGAACGGAAAUCGACAAGGAGCACGAUGACGAGACUGCUCAUAAGAGAUGGCGAACACAGUUCAAGGAAAACAUCAAGAAGAUCAAAUGGACUGCAGAAGGUGCCGAUUUGGAUAAGUUGAGGCAGAACCUUGCUACUCAUGUCAAUGCGCUUAACUUAGCAAUUGCCGCACGAGGCUGUAUCCAAACGGAUAGAAUGAAGGCCCAAGUUGAUCUUGUUCAUGGAAUGCUAGGGGAGAUUCAUGAACGGUACUUGAAUAAUCUCAAGAAUGUACCGGCAACGUCUGGAAGAUCCAAAGCCGCCAAUUCUGGAAGUGCUGGGUAUUGUACUAGUUCGAAACAGAAUUGUUACGUACUCAGGGCACACGCAUCUUCCGUUGCCUCUGUGGCAACCAUGAUGACCUUGACUAUACCUGCACUCAAGAUAAGGCUGUGUAUUAAUGAAGCGCAAGACAUUGCAGACUUUAAGAGAUUCGUCGCACAGCUCGCUUUAGUGCAAGGCCUCAAGGCAUCGUCAAUAACUGGAGCGAGUUCUAUGCUCAUGUAUACCUCCGUACGAGGAGAUGGCUGCGGAUAUCUUUCAGUUCUGAAUACCCAGGGUGAUACGGCGGACUUCCGACAAGACAUUCGAAGCAUAACAAUAACAUCGAAUGAACUCCGGUACAUCGUGGAAUCCAUCGAUAGUGUCCAGAUGUUGCAUUACAUGAUGAUGAUGUUCCCUCAUCCGAGCGAGGUUACCGAACAAGAAAAUCUAGGAUUCCUGCCCUGUCGUAAUGCGGAAAUUGUUCUUCAUACCAAAAGUACCAUGGAUGAUAGCGACAACGGCGAUAUUACUCAACUUAUCGUGCAGUUCGAUCACCUAACAGUCGUUGAUGAAAUUGGGCAUACUCUAGGUGUCUUGUUGAAAGGUGUCACGGGAAAGGUAUACUUGGGGAAUAAUGAACAUCUCGAUAUACACCAAGCGGAUAUCGAACUCACAUUUACGUCUCGUGAAGCAGCAGCUUCGUGUUGGAGCUCAGUAAACUCUCUGCAACGAUAUCUCUUCCUAUCCUAUUUGCAAUAUCAGCGUCUCGAGGAGAUCACAUCUUUUCGAAGUAAUAUCGGGGAUGUGAUGAUUCGGGAUAUGCAACUUCUCGAUGCGCAAGCUACCGUUGUCCAGGACCCGACUACCAAUGAACAGAGGAUGAUAGUUAGCAGUAAAUGCGGUUCCAAAUUCGUCACUAUGAUCUUAUCGUCAGCUUCAUCGGGCUCGCUACUGGUGGAUGGGUCUGGGACUGCUUCUAAUCUGCCUGCAUAUUUUAUUGAUAUUAAUACGGAAAGAACAAGGGUCAUUGAGCAAUAA